AUGAAUGAAGCUAUAAAAGUCAUUGACUUAAUUCUUUAUCAAAUGCUAUAUUAUCAGUUCCAGCCUUUGGGAUCAUACAGCGUCAGCAAAACGACGCUGAUUGGCUUAACUAAAGCCAUUGCAAACGAAAUUGUUCACGACAACAUUAGGGUUAACUGCAUCGCACCUGGAUUAGUGGCUACGAAGUUUGCUUCUGUGAUAACCUCAUCUGAUAUAGGAAAAGAGAAAAGCCUAUCAAUAGUGCCUAUGAAACGAUUUGGAAAGCCAUCUGAAAUAGCCGGCGCAGUCGCUUUCUUAGUAUCUGACGACGCAAGCUACAUGACCGGCGAGACUCUGGUUGUUGCUGGUGGAACGCAUGCUCGCCUU